AUUUUAUCCACAAGGGUAUUGAAUGUUUGGUGUUACUGGUGUCUGUCGCAUUUGGGCCCUCUCAAUCCGUAAAAGCUCGAUCAGAGAAGGAAACGAGAAAACCACCUGAGCAGAGACUGUUAGUUCGCCGAUAUCUCAAUUGUAAACCCUAGUGAACCUCGAUCCGAACUUAGAACGAUUCAGAAAUAUUUCAGAAAGCUUUGCCGAGUGGAGGUUUAGGUUUCUCGGGUCCCAAAUAGUGAGGUACCAAAGCUCUACAGUACAUGUUUGAGGUGAACACAUGUUGAUGGGUCGGGUGGAUGGGCUGCCAGGCUCAUCAAAGGAUUUGCUGCUUUCUGAUCCAAUGUCUGAUAUUGAUGAAGAUGAAGAAGCUGAUACUUCUGGGAAGAUACUGUACACAGCCUCAUUCGAAGAACUUGCUACAAAAAUUGUUCUGUAUGACACCAUUUUAUGGGUUUCGAUAUCUCUGUUGCUGAUUCUAGCUUGGGGAAUAGGAAUCCUUAUGUUGCUGUAUCUUCCCUAUAAAAGAUAUGUGCUUCAGAAAGAUGUUUCAUCACGCAAACUAUAUGUUACUGCUAAUGAAGUAGUUUACAAGGUGUCAAGACCUUCUUAUAUACCUUUUUGGGGAGCUGUGACAAUAGAAAAGCAUGUACCUCUGUCUCUAGUUAUCGAUAUCAUCAUUGAACAAGGAUGCUUGCAAUCGGUGUAUGGAAUUCACACCUGUAGAGUUGAAAGUAUAGCACAUGGAAAAGCAGCACCCGUAGAUGAACUACACUUGCAAGGCGUUUAUAACCCUGGACUACUGAGGAAGGUCAUUGUAACUGAAGCUUCGAAGGUUAUGCAAGAUGUUGGUAGAAGUUGGAAACCUACUGCUCACUGUGGUGAAGGGGAAAUUAUUUCUCAUUUGGGUUCUCUGUCUGAAGGUUCAGUUGUUACGAGAUCACCAUCCAAAAGUUGGAAGAUGAUUGGUUCCCCAGGCCUUACUUCAAUGGAGCACAGAGGUGUUCUACCUGGGGAUUUGCUGUUGCAUAAACUUGAAGAAGUUAAUAAAUCAGUAAAGAAAAUCGAGUUGCUUAUAGAGAAGUCCCAGGGUUCACCUGAAAGCAGCUAAUGGAAGUCAGUUCCUCUCAAGCUACGUUAUUCAGGCCUUUGGUGUUCAAGGAACAAAAGGAUAUAAAAUGCGUAGCUAUUCCCUCUGUAACUAUCGAAAUGUGGGAAAGUAGUUUAGUAUAGUUGGCUCAUCAUCUGUUGGGUUGCCUUGAAAUUUGCUGUACAGAAUCAAUGUGAAAAGGAAAAAAAAACAAACAACAACGUCGUCUGGAACCUCAGCCAGUGUUCACAGUUCUGUUGCUUGACAGACGGAGUCCUUUUGUUUCAUUUUCUUCUCUUGUAGUGGCAAGAACUUCAACGAACCCUUGUUUUAUACUAACCAUUUGCAACAGUUUUGGUUCAAAUGAAGCAUGUUGGUAUUGUUUUUCCUAA